UAUAUUUUCUCUGAAGAAACAUAAAAUAACAUUUAAAAACAAACUUUCAAUCGUUUGACUCCCUUCCCCCCGAGAACGCGCAGGCGUAAAAAGUUAGUGUUUCUAUCUGCACCAGAAAGGGAAGGGGGAUUUAAAACCAGGCUGACAAAAAUGAGAAGGGUUGGAAAUUCUCCAUAUACACAAUCAAUUGUUUUAUCUAAGUUAGUUAGCUAUAUGUGUACCCGGUCGCUAGUGCAUAGAAUUCUGCUUACUAAUUUAUUAGCUAGCAAGAAAGUUGCUUAACUGUUGGCUACAAAGAAAGUGAACCUGUCUAAAUUUGUAUUUAUAGAGGAAUGUCUAGCGUUGAACUAUAACGCAAUCAAUGAUUGUUGACACUUUUAUCCAAUUUAGCUGGCUAGACAUUCUGCACGUGACUACUGCUUUUGAAACGUUGGAUCACAUCAAACAAUAAUAAAACGGAGAUAGCUAGCGUACUAUUGAGCUUGUUAGCUAGCUAGCUUCCGUGCUUGUUAGCUAGUUGUUCGACCAGCGUGCACUUUACCUCCGUUACUCGGUGGAUUCAUCUAUCAAGAUAAUCAACUUGACCUCGUUAAUUUUGUACAGUGGAUCUGUAUAUAUUUGUUUUGGAACCAGCUAGCGGUUGGUUAAUGAUGGGGCCCCGACAUAGUUAACCAUCUGAUACAAAUCAUGGGAGGAUGUGUUGGGAGAGAACGCGAGGACACACAGGGCCACGGUUCAUCCAGGAGCGGUGGAAGGACACACCGAAAACGUGGAGGUCGCAAUGAGCCCCUCAAGAAGGACAAGCCCAAGUGGAAGAGUGACUACCCCAUGACGGAGGGCCAGCUCCGCAGUAAGAGGGAUGAGUUCUGGGACACGGCGCCGGCCUUCGAGGGACGCAAGGAGAUAUGGGACGCCCUGAAGGCGGCCACUGUGGCCCUGGAGUGCAACGACCACGAGCUGGCCCAGGCCAUAGUGGAUGGAGCCAGCAUCACACUGCCUCACGGGUCCCUGACGGAGUGUUAUGACGAGCUAGGUAGCUGCUACCAGCUGCCCGUUUACUGCCUGGCCCCUCCGGUCAACCUGAUCUCCGAGCGCAGCGACGAGGACCCCAGUGACAACCCCGAGCCCACCGCUGCCCCCAAGAAGGAGUUCCAGCUCAAGGUGCGCCUUUCCACGGGCAAGGACCUGCGCCUUAGCGCCAGCAUGGCCGACCCCAUCGGGCAGCUGAAGAAGCAGCUGCAGGCCCAGGAGGACAUCGACACGGCCCACCAGCGCUGGUUCUUCUCGGGCAAGCUGCUCACGGACAAGACCCGCCUGCAGGACACCAAGAUCCAGAAGGACUUUGUCAUCCAGGUCAUCGUCAACCCGCAAGCCCCCAUUAACUAGGUCCCAGGUGAGUAGGGGUGAAGAGGAGGGGUGAUGGAGAGACCGGACUGGAUACGAGGAACCCCAGAUAAUGGCUUUACCACUGCUCUUUAAAACAGAGAGGUGAUCUGGGGAAUUAUAAGAGAUGAAUAACAGAAGGGAGAGACUCCAAAGUGCUGCUUUUCAAUGUCUACCAUUAAAGAGUGUGAAAUAUUUUUGAAUGCGUGACUUCACUGUGGGAGGGUUGGUCGAUUUGAUUGAUCUAGCCAGACCAGACCUCUCACUCUGAGAAGGGUGUUCUGUGUCACUCACCACACUAACUCUGGAGUCACACUGUCCACUGAGACCUCUACCCUCCCUCCCCUUGCAAAAAUGACCCAAAUCACAGCAGAAUUGCCCUCCCAACUCAGAUGUGAGACACUGCAGGUGUGAACUGCAUGGCAUUUGCAAGGGGUCUGCGUCUGCACUAACGGUAACUAAGUGCCAAUAUAAAUGGCAGAGUAAUUUGGAUCGGUUGUAAAGCACAUCCCCUCCCCCCGUCAUAGAUUCCUACCUUGAUCCACCAUCAAGUGAAAUACAAACUAUUUUUCUCAUUCAAAUUCUUUUAAUAAGCUUUUUUUGCACACUUGAUUAUAUUUGCGUAGUAGUUUGUGUGCCUUCAAGGAAGAAAACAAAACAAAAUCCUAGGGGGAAAACUCUAGUUUUACUGCUAAAGCUUUCUUUCUCUAGAAUCAGGAAUAAUCUUUUCAUAGAUCUAUAAAAAAAAAAAAUCCUAAGUAUACUGCUGCCUUUUCCGAUCGUUUGUCUUGUCAGUUGUUGAAGUUCAAAUUUACUGUGGUGUUUUCAUGGCUGUUUUCCACAUAUUGUCCCCCUCACCUGUUUUUUGUUGUUGUUGUUGUAUGUACUGUAGAGUGACUAUGAUUAGAGCCCAGCCCUCAUGCUGUGCCACAUAACAAUCCUGAGGUGAAAUGUGAAGCUAUAGUGAAGAUGAUUGGAGUAUGCCUCUGUUUUUAAUAUACACCGAGUGUACAAAACAUUAGGAACACCUUCCUAAUAUUUAGUUGCACCCCCCUUUGCAGCCUAAAUUCGUCGGGGCAUGUCCUCUACAAGUUGUUCAAAGCGUUCCACAGGAAUGCUGGCCCAUGUUGACUCCAAUGAUACACACAGGAAACUGUUGAGCGUGGAAAAACCUAGCCAGCGUCGCAGUUCUUGACACACUCAAACCGGAGCGCCUGGCACCUACUACCAUACCCCGUUCAAAGGCGCUUAAAAUUGUUUGUCUUGUACAUUCACCUUCUGAAUUGCACACAUACACAAUCCAUGUCUCAUUUGUCUCGAGGCUUAAGAAAAAAAUCCUUCUUUUAACCAGCCUCCUCCCUUUUCAUCUACACUGACGUUGAAGUGGAUUUAACAAGUGCCGUAAAUAUGGGAUCAUAGCGUUCACCUGGUCAGUCUCACAGAAACAGCAGGUGUUCCCGACGUCUUGUACACUCAUGGAAUUGUACAACAUGUGCUUGCCUUUCUCAGGUGGCACCUCACUGCCCCUGAGGUGCUCCUUUAUCCUUCACAUUGGCCUUUUUGCUUUUCCAUCUCUCUCUCUCCCUCGAAGCACUUUGCCCCCCCAUAACCUGAGGCUUCACUAGACGGACCUAUAGUCCUCACGAGCAGGGUGGUCAAGCUAACUAGAUGGACCUAUAGUCCUCACGAGCAGGGUGGUCAAGCUAACUAGAUGGACCUAUAGUCCUCACGAGCAGGGUGGUCAAGCUAACUAGAUGGACCUAUAGUCCUCACGAGCAGGGUGGUCAAGCUAACUAGACGGACCUAUAGUCCUCACGAGCAGGGUGGUCAAGCUAAUUUUGGAUCCCCUUGUAUCCGGCUGUCGAUGCGGAUUCUGAGCCCCAGCCAGCCGACCCAGCGUAAAGUUAGCUGACCAGAGCUUAGUCCAUUCAGCACGCAGACCGUAAUCCAUCCCCUUCCUCCCACACAAACAAAAGCCAGGCCAAGCUGACUCUGAGCAGUAGCUGCCCCAAUAUGCCUCUGAGCCUGGGCUGCCAUGGGGAUGGCAAGAGGGUAGGAGUUGUUUCCCUUAACCACCAGACCCCUAAUCCUAACCUUAACCAUUAGGGGGGGAUGAAAACUAUCUGACCCUGUAUGAGGGGUUAGAAGUAUCUUCUCUUUUAACUGCUCUGUAGGGAUGAUAGAGGGGCGAGGGUGUCUUUGCAGGAGGGUUCCCGACAAACUGCUGCUGCUCACUCAUUUGACUGCCGGCCAGAUCGCGAAGAAGCAAACCAGGCGGUAGUGAAGUUCAAUUCCCCUCGAGCCUUAAUGUGGCCUAAAAAAACAACAACAUAGGACACCAUACUUGUUGGUGGACGGUUAAGCUGGAGAUGGAAAGACCUGUACCAUGCUAUUGUCAUCGUGGUUACGCUAUCAUUUUAGAUUUUUUUGUCUGCGUAGGCAUCAUUUGAACUUCAUCCAUUUUAGCUUCAACAGUUGAUUCAUACUGUGCUGGGAAUGUAUUGAACAUUUUAUGCAAACUUGAAUAUGCAUUUCUCUCAACUUACAAUGUAUUUAUGUGCAAUACAGACUAAGACCUUGAUUCUUCCCAUAUUUCAUGUGUACCGUAGCAUUAGCUAUGACUAUUGUAAAGGUUCUCAAAUGCAGAACUUCACGUAGGAGCCUGCUAUGUUCAGAUUGCUUUGUCAUUGAACAAUCAACUUUCUUUGACCUUGUCCAGAGUUUCAUAUUGCUUUUGUCUCGGUUUGAAAUGUUGUCCCUUCUAGAAAAGUGUUUUCAAGUAGCAACAUCUUUCUUUUAAUGGCAUGACCUCACUAUGAUAAUCAUGUACUUUCUGUGAAUUGGCUCGGCCUCUGAGGUUAGCACAUCAUUUGGGGCUCAUAAGACCUACCUUUGCAAUAGAGCCUCUUUGUAAAAAAAAUAAUAAAAUCUCGGCCCAUGUUCUGUUAGCUGGGUCGUUACACUUCUCUCAGAAUGUGUCUCAAAUGUUGGCUUCAACUAUGGUAAUUUUGUAGUCGUAUGAGAGCUGUAUCAAGAUACGCCGGUUUAACAUCAAGGUACAAAUCCCUACGCGAGACGGCAUAAAAAUUAUAAACCUCACUGUAAUCAAUGUGAGGGAUCUGCUCGAUAUUGCCAGUAAGGACAAAUCUGAUACCGCAGAGCAUUGACAUCACACAAGGGCCGUGGUUCGAUCCAGGCCAGGGGAGCAGGAGAGAGCGGAAUAAAGAGACUUCUUUGUUGUUUUUUCUGAGACCUGUGAACCUCCCAUCACUGCAGUUGGACAUUUUCAACAACUGUCUAGGAAUAUGAUCCCUUAUGCAGACAAUUAAUCAGACACUAUGUUUUUUUCGGGUUUUAGUAAGAACGUGCAAGUAUAUUUGUAUGUACUGUAUGCCUAAUACACGUUUGAUCAUUUGGAGUUCAGGUCAGGAGUUUCAUUUGUGUCUUUCUGUAGUGUCCAUAGUCAUGGUAUUAGUUAUGGUACACCGGUGGACUCCGUUAUACAGUGGACUUAAGCAAGCAGGUAAAAAGCCAUAUGGCCACAGAUAUUUAUUUUAGUUAUUUUGUGGACUACAAAAGGACACAAUGUAGACUGCUUUGUUUUCCUCUCGAACCUCAGAUCCUAAGAAGCCAUUGCAUUUUAAUGAAGCGUUUUCCCCCGGGGUGAAUCGAGAGGCACCCCCUUCCUCAACAGCUCAAAGCAGAUACAUGCUAAUUGCGCUUUUGAUGUCAUGAAGUCAUCAAUGAGGAUAUAGCCGUAUAAAAGAUCUGUAUAUUUAGUCAUUUUGAAAAAUAAGUGAUUUAUUAGGAGAUUUCUGAUAAUUAAAUAUGCCUACGACUUGUUUUACAAGUGACGUGUACAUUUAUAAGAUUUAAUUUUCAACCUUAUUUUUAACUGUCAAAUAAAAUUAUUGGAAAAAUAAA